AUGUUCAAAAAGGACCUCCAAGGCGCUCCCAAGCAAAAGCUCAAAUCCUCCGCCCAGCGCGCGCUGCGCCAGUCCCUCCUCGCCACGUACCCGCUCCUGACGCCCUACAUCGAAGAGAUCCUCCCCAAGAAGGGCUCCCUCGCGAGCAUGAAGCUGCCCGACCGAAACACCCUCUACGUGCUCGACUCCGUGCCGCUCUUCUACCAGAAUGACGGGUCCGACCUGCUGCCGCACCUGAAGCUCGUGCACCGCUUCCCGCAGGCGUUUCCUAGCAUCCGGAUCGAUCGCGGAGCUAUUCGCUUUGUGCUUUCUGGCGCGACGCUGAUGGCGCCGGGGUUGACGUCCGCGGGGGGCAGAUUGCCCGUCGAUGGGGCAAAGCCGCUCGAGGAGGGGAAAGAAAUGGAGCAGAGCAUUGUGGAGGAUGGACGGUGGAGCAGGGAGCUGGCCAAGGGAGAGCCGGUGGUGAUUAUGGCAGAGGGCAAGGAGGAGGCGUGUGCGGUUGGCACGCUGGCUGCCGGGACGGACGAGGUCAAGGCGAAGGGCAAGGGACCGGUGGUGGAGGAUGCGCAUUACUUGGGAGAUGGGCUGUGGAAUUUAAACACGGCAUGAGUGGAUUGAUGGAUAUAUAUGCAUAGAGGAGGAUGGAAGAUACGCGGGGAGUUUAUCGUAUUCGCUGUUCAUGCUUUGCUGGGGAUACAGCAAUGAUGUGUUCGGAGAUGUAUGUCAUAAAAAUGCUGUGACGAGAAUUGAGAGACACAACCAUGACCCUCAUGUGGGC